UAGCAAUAAUUAUAUCAUAAUUUUAUCAAUGAUUUCUCCCUCUGUGUCACUUUGUAAGCAUCAGUUUGUGUUGUGAUCGGCGCAAUCGCAGACGUUACUAUGAAGAUUACCUUGUUGGUUUUAUUCCUUGUCGCUGUUGUGAGCGGUAAUGAAGAAGACUUUAGAAUAAUUGACUCAAUAAUACAAGAGCAAUCUUGUAUUGCGGUAGGCGGUAUUUGUACAGUAGCUGCAGACUGUCCUAAGGGACAUCUAGCUGAGAGACAAGGACUUUGUCCGACGCAACGCAAACAAGGCAUCGACUGUUGCCAUGGAGUUUCAAUGAAGGAAACUCGUUGUCUUAAACAUGGAGGAGUAUGCACGAAGCCAGAAGAAUAUUGCAAUCCCAGUCUUGUAUUUGAUGGAGCUACUGACUGCGAAGGGAACUUGAAAUGCUGUAUAAUGACUAUUUAGAUUUUUAAAUAAAAUUAUUUUUUAUUAACAAAAUGCAAUGAGUCAUCGCCUGAUAUAAUUGAUAUUACUUUAAUCUAACAAAUUAUUACCCCUCGAUAUUAUUCAUCCUUAUUGUUAAAGAAAGUAUAUUUUUCUGUAAAAAGGUUAAUCCAAAAAGAUGAUGUAUUUCAUACAUUUGAUUCAACAAAAUUGUAACCAAAAUUAUAUCAAUUCAAGUUCUGAUAUAAUAAAGGCUCCAUAAGAAACUUAAUAA